AUGGCCGGCUGCACCCCUGAGGAGAAAACUUACCGGCGCUUCCUGGAGCUAUUCCUGGGCGAGUUUCGCGGACCGUGCGGCGGCGGCGAGCCCCAGCCGGAACCCGAACCCGAAGAGUCGGAGCCCGAGCCCGAACUGGUGGCGGCUGAGGCGCGCGAGGCGUCGGUCGAGGAAGCCGGGGAGGCGGCGGCCGCGGGGGCCGCGUCGGAGGAGGGGGAGCAGGAGCAGGAGCGAGAAGACCCCGAGCCCGAGGAGGAGGCGGUGGAGGAGGAGGCGGCGGCGGCGGCGGCGGGCGAGGAGGCGGCGGCCCGGGGGCAGUCGGCCGUGCCGCCGCCGCAGCCCCGGCUGCCGCCGCUGCCCCCGCUGCCGCGGCCACUGUCGGAGCGCAUCACCCGCGAGGAGGUGGAGGGCGAGAGCCUGGACCUGUGCCUGCAGCAGCUCUACAAAUAUAACUGCCCUUCCUUUUUGGCUGCCGCUCUAGCCAGAGCCACAUCAGACGAAGUCCUUCAGAGUGAUCUUUCUGCACAUUAUAUUCCAAAGGAAACGGAUGGCACAGAAGGGACUGUGGAGAUUGAGACAGUGAAAUUGGCCCGUUCUGUCUUCAGCAAACUACACGAGAUUUGCUGCAGCUGGGUGAAAGACUUCCCUCUCCGCAGGAGACCCCAGCUUUAUUAUGAGACAUCAAUCCAUGCCAUCAAAAACAUGCGCAGGAAAAUGGAGGACAAACAUGUCUGCAUCCCUGACUUCAACAUGCUCUUCAACCUAGAGGACCAGGAAGAACAAGCUUACUUUGCAGUGUUUGAUGGCCACGGGGGAGUGGAUGCUGCCAUCUACGCCUCCAUUCACCUGCACGUUAACUUGGUGCGCCAGGAGAUGUUCCCCCACGACCCUGCCGAGGCCCUGUGCCGAGCCUUCCGCGUCACCGACGAGCGCUUUGUCCAGAAGGCCGCCAGGGAGAGCUUAAGAUGUGGGACCACAGGAGUGGUGACUUUUAUCAGAGGCAACAUGUUACAUGUGGCCUGGGUGGGUGAUUCCCAGGUUAUGCUUGUGAGGAAGGGCCAAGCUGUUGAACUAAUGAAGCCACACAAACCAGACAGAGAGGAUGAAAAGCAGCGGAUUGAGGCCCUUGGAGGUUGUGUAGUCUGGUUUGGUGCCUGGAGGGUGAAUGGAAGUCUGUCUGUCUCCAGAGCUAUUGGAGACGCUGAACAUAAGCCAUACAUCUGUGGGGAUGCCGAUUCUGCCUCCACUGUCCUGGAUGGAACCGAAGACUACCUCAUUCUGGCCUGCGAUGGCUUCUACGACACCGUGAACCCCGACGAGGCCGUGAAAGUCGUGUCCGACCACUUGAAGGAGAAUAACGGAGACAGCAGCAUGGUUGCCCACAAGUUAGUGGCAUCAGCUCGGGACGCGGGGUCAAGUGAUAACAUCACUGUUAUUGUGGUUUUCCUGAGGGACAUGAACAAAGCUGUAAAUGUUAGUGAGGACUCAGAUUGGACAGAGAACUCUUUCCAAGGAGGGCAAGAAGCUGGUGGGGAUGACAAGGAGAGUCACGGGGAGUGCAAGCGCCCCUGGCCCCAGCACCAGUGCUCCGCCCCGGCCGAUCUGGGCUACGAGGGGCGUGUGGAUUCUUUCACGGAUAGAACCAGCCUGAGCCCAGGGUCCCAAAGCAACGUGCUGGAAGACCCAGGCUACCUAGAUCUGACACAGAUAGAAACAAGCAAGCCUCACGGUGCCCAGUUUUUGCCACCAGUUGAGAUGUUUGGUCCUGGUGCACCAAAGAGAGCAAAUCUUAUUAAUGAGCUAAUAAUGGAGAAAAAAUCAGUUCCAUCAUCAUUGCCUGAAUGGAGUGGUGCUGGAGAGUUUCUCUCUGCUUUUAAUGUGGGUUCAACAGGGCAGCAGGUGUGCAGCAUGGAGAGCUUGCCUCCUGUUUGUUCUAGGCUGGAAAACGAACAGUUCAAGUUCCUGGGAAAGAGAGUUUCUAGGUUAUCUCGCUUACAUUACCACUACUCAAAGAGGCGGCAUGGAUUCAGGUUUAAUCCAAAGUUUUAUCCUAUUCUCUCUGCUCAAGAGCCUUCCCACAAAACAGGCACUAGCCUGUCCUCACUUAUUCGAAAUGGGAAGAGAAAUAGGAUGUUAAGAAGUUCUCUGCCGUGGAGGCAAACCAGCUGGAAAGGAUGCAGUGAAAGCGUGAUGAGGAAGCCCCAAGAGAGCAGCGACCCUCCACACCCCGAGCUUCCCUGGAGCUUUCAAAUGUAA